AUGCAAAUGACGUCAUCAGAGACGCCUUUAUACCCUUUUUCAUUCACAAUCUACCAGGGCUGUGUAGAAACUUGGUCGGAGUGGGCUCGAGAGCCGGACGUUGUCGCCCUGGAGACACUGCUCCGAGUGUGCGGCGUACCCGACAGUGCUGUGCAGACGCUUUCCAGCGGUACGCCUUACAUGACCGAUCGACUGGUGUUUCCGGUGCUUCACAUACGUCGAAACGCCGAGCAGUGUGGUGAAGCGCCGCUUCAGGACUUUGUAGUUAGUGGCUGGUACGCUUGUCGGGGCUUGUUGCUCGACUUGGGGGUGCUCUCACCAGGGCAGUGCACGCCGGUCGCAGAGUCGCUGGUCUCACUGGUCCGCGAUCGACUGGAUCUUGGUCGUUUGUAUGAAUGGUGGCACAUAGAUGCGAACUAUUCUAGCUUCACGAAGCGCUACUGGUCGACGUUGUACCAGCUGCCGUGGAUGGCGCGAUGGACGAUGCCCCGGCAGGAACGCGACGCGGUGCGUACACGUCUGCUCAUGCAGAGCGCAGCGUAUCGACAGGUGCUUCGUCGGACUCGACCGACUUCGUCCAGUGGCGGAGCUACUUUCCGCAGUCCUUUUCCACCGGAGCGACGGCAGCAGCAGGGUCAGGAACGUGACCUUCAUUCAGCGUCGUGGUCUGACGCGUCUGCGGCGCCCGCAGCGACGGCAGGGGAAGCAGGUGCGGCCGCGCUGGAAGCCGCAGCAGAUGCUGAAUUCUGGUCUCUGGAGAUUGAACCUGUCCUUGAUGCUCUCGCUGCGAUGCUGGGUGAGCAUCGCUAUUUCCAGUGCAGCAAAACGCUAGCGCCCACGACGACUGCGAUGGAAUCGCAGAAUGGACCAACGACUGCACCAGGUUACGUGGACGCAGUGGUAUACGGCCAUUUGCUCGUAUAUUUACAGAUGGAGCUACCAGUUGCGAGUCGCUUACGGGCGCUCGUAGCACAGCGACCGACACUGCAGCGUUAUGUGGCACGAAUGCGAGACACGCACUUACAUUCGUGUGCUGAGGAGCAAUCUGGGGCGGCGGAAGGUGUGCCACCCAGGGUCGCAUCCGCUGGUGAUUUGCCACGACCGCAUCCGUCGCAUGCUUCGUGGCAGGCAACCGGUAGCGCAAGGUCGAGCAACCGGUCCAAAAUGAGCUCGACGCCAGAGGAGGACGCAGCCCAAGAACGCCAAUUGGCGAAUCGCACAUUCGUCUGGCUCGCUGUUGGCAGCUUUAUCUUUUACGCUUUAUUCGGGACAGCGCUCGAUGUUCGCAUCGGAGACAGCUCGUACGAUGCAACAUGA